AUGUUCCUCUCGCCCCGAGUCCUAAACGACACCAACGGCCGUCGCCGGAGGAUUGGCGCAAAGACAGGGGUUCGCAAUGGCGUUGAGAUGAGAACACCGUAUUCGGAGCGUGUGGUUCUUGGCUCCUCUCGCAUCCAUCUCCGCGCGGUAUCAAUUGCAGAUCGAACCGUGACGAACGGGGAUGCGUGCCUCUGGUCAGGGCGUUGCGCAACGAAGGGAGGAAAUGAGGAAGUGAGGAGUCAUCUGAGCGUCGAUCAAGUCUACUGGGCAUCUCAAGGGUUCAGGGUCCUCGCUCCUAUGAUUCGAAGUGCCCACGCUCCAUCUUCGGGUCCUUCCGCAUCGGACGCCCGCGGACAAAUCUCCCUCCUCACGGCCAAGCGCCUUGGCAUGAUGACCCCGAGUCUCGGCACAAUAAUUAGACUUGGUCUCGGCGCUCGGUACGAGGAGACCUGA